CUAACUAGCUAGUGGCUAGCAGUGGUGACCUUAGUUGGUUUAUAAAUAAACAUUUUACUUAUUUCAUUGAUUUAUUAUGUGCAUUAUUAAUCGCGAUUGUAAGAAAAGAUGAACGAAAUACAGCAAACAAGAAUUAAUGUUAUCCCUCAAAAAUACAAAUAGAUUGAAUCUUAUCACUGUUGGCGUCUGGUUUUUUGUGAUUAAGUUUACAAAAUAAACCAUGGCAGCGAUCGAGACAGUUAAAGUGUCGGUGGUGAUUGAUUCGUCGCCUAAUAUAAUACCCUGUUCAAGUUCUUUUACUGCAGAAGAAUUGUGUAUAAUUUUAUGCAAGAAGUAUAACAUUCCUCCACUGACGCGUACGUUAUUUGCAUUACGGAUCAGAGGUACAGAGUAUUUCCUCAAAGAUAACAGCAAAGUUCUUUCGAGUUCACGAGAUUAUGAAUUGAGAAUACGGUUCAAGGUACCUCGCCUUGGACUUUUAAUAACUCUGGAUGAAACAACAUAUGACUAUUACUUUCAACAAGCUCGCAAUGAUGUCAAUGAGAACAAAAUACCAGAAAUCAAGUAUCCCGAACAUAAACAAGAGUUGCUGGGCCUUGGUAUUGCAGAUAUGACUCGGGCAAUAUUAGAAGAGAAAUUACCUCUCAAUGAUGUGGUUCGUAAUUACAAGAAAUAUAUCCCGAAGGUUAUUGUCAGAAGACAUGGACCUUUUCCAAAGAAGUACGCCCAUGACUAUCUCCCACAGUUGUGCUCCGUGGGUCACAAUGUAAAUUAUGUCAAAAAUCUCUACCUACAACAAUUAUAUGGAUUAGCGCCUAACUAUCUCGCAGAGGAGUAUGAUAACGUCCUCUGGCAGAACGGUAGUGAUGUGGUACCUGUGAGAGUGGUGGUCGCACCCUUUCACCCCCACCAGGCCGGAAUACGUCUAUAUAAUACUUGCAAAAGAGAUUGGUUUCACGUUUGCACGAUAGAAGAGUUGAUUUAUUUGACGAGAAACGGUGAUCAUUCUUUAGAAGUUUCUAGAAGAGGGACGCCUUUGUUUUUCAAAUUCAAAUCCGAGGAACAAUUGUCGUCAUUUAUAUCAUUAUGCGAUGGUUAUUAUCGGUUAAUGGUGAAAUGGACGUUUAACCUUUCAAAAGACGACGAGACUCCCUCAUUGAAAGAAUUGCAAAGGAUAAAAUGUCAUGGUCCAGUCGGUGGUGCGUUUUCGUACCGGAAGUUAGAAGAAAAAAGAAGUAAAAAACACGGGUGCUAUAUUAUAAGACAGUGUCAGGAUGACUACAAUGUAUUUUAUUUAGACGUUUGUACAAAGAAUAGUACCACAGAGACAUACAGAUUAGAGUACAAAGGACAUUGUUACAUAUUUAACAAAGAGGAAUACUUCAGCAUUGAAAGAUUGGUCAGCUGUCAUCAGAAUAAUGAAGGGAGGAUAUUUUUAAACGAGUGUAUCCCUCCUUCGGAAUAUGACAAAUCUCAGUUACUCCUCUGCGGGGAACCACUGAAAAAAGGUGUCAGGAUAGACCAGGCCGAGUUGCAAGAUAUAUUGAAGGAUAACAAAAGUCCCCGAUGUCUACCAAACAAGGACAUACUCUUGUAUACAGGCUCUGAAAAAGUGGGAUCCGAAAACGUCACAGCUACAUACAAAGCUUUAUGGAGGCUCGAUGAAACUAAAAAGCUUCUCGUUGCUUUCAAAACUCUUCAGAGGGACAGAGCUAAUGAUUAUCUGAAGGAUUUUAUCGAAUUAGCGAGUAAAUGGGCUUGCGUGCAGUCAAGUUCGAUCGUCCGGCUGUAUGGCGUUACUCUCAGCUCACCGACAGCGAUGGUGCUUGAAUUCUUGCCUUACGGACCAUUUGAUGUCUACCUAAGGGAAAACGAAGAACGCGUAAAGCCGUUACAUUUAAAGAAAGUAGCCGCAGGCUUGGCUCGAGCGCUGUGGGACCUGUCGGAGGCCGGAGUCGUCCACGGCGGGAUACGCUGUCGACGGCUCUUGCUGUCAUCUCACCAAGCCGACCGGAUCAUUGUCAAACUAUCGGGCCCUAGUCUUAGACAGUAUACACCGCAAGAUGUUCAUUGGAUGCCGGUGGAAUUUUUCUCGGACAUGAAUCUCGCAAAGCGUUCAGUCGUUGGUGAUAUUUGGGCGUUCGCGACCACGUUGUGGGAAGUGUUCUCCUACGGACAGUCGCCCGCCGACACCAACCCCGUGCUGACUGCAAGGAGCUACGAGAUGGGCGACCGGCUGCUGCGGCCGUCGCGCUGCCCGGGCGAGGUGUGGGCGCUGCUGCGGCAGUGCUGGCACAGCGACCCGCUGCGCCCGCAGGAGAUCAUGCGGGACAUGAACCACAUGCUGCACCGCGAGUACGUACCGCUCCACGAGUAUGAAGAACCAAAGAUUUCCUUAGACCACAUGGAGCACGCAGAAACAGUGUCAAGCGACCGGUUUAUUCCGAGCGAAUUAAGCGACGCCGGAAGCAACAAAUCGUUGAUCUCAGUGGACAGCAGCGCGGCCUCCAUGAACGGCACCAUGUCGGAUCAGUACGAUAAUCCGUUCGCGGACAACAAGAGCUCCAACUCGCUGGAGAGCAUGAACGCGCUGACGUACGCGCUGCGCAGCGGCGCGGGGGGCGCGGGCGGCGCGGGGGGCGGCGGCGGCGCGCCCGACGCGCCCGACGACCUCGCCGCCUGCGCCGCGCCGCGCCUCAUGGAGUCCAUCGUGUCGCAGGGCAAGACCUACCUCGUCACCGUCACCAAGAAGAUCGGCAGCGGUAAUUAUGGUCACGUGUUCAAAGGAUGGAUGGAGCGAGACAACCAGGAAUCUCAACGAAAAGAAGUGGCCGUUAAAAAAUUGACAAGGCAGGCAUCCGAGAGGAAUGGCAGUCUCUAUGAGGACUUUAAAAAUGAACUCGAGAUUAUGAAAUCGCUACAACACAUAAAUAUAGUGGAAAUCCUCGGCUACUCCUGGGACCAUGGGUCUGACGUUCUUAUUGUUAUGGAGUAUUUGGAAGAAGGGUCGCUCAACUAUUACCUUAAGUUCCAAGGGGACAAACUACGUAUAUCGCAUCUGCUUAAAUAUGCGAAGGAUAUAGCUACGGGUAUGGAUCAUGUGUCUGCAAAAAAUGUAGUGCAUCGAGACUUGGCUACGCGAAACAUCCUUGUAGUCAAUAAGUAUCACGUUAAGAUCUCAGACUUUGGACUGGCGAGGAUUAUUCCUAAAGAAGAGAACACAUAUCGGAUCAAGACCGAGAGAUUGUUGCCGAUUAAUUGGUACGCGCCGGAGUCGGCCGUGGAGCCGUGGCACUUCUCGACGAAGAGCGACGUGUGGUCGUUCGGCGUGACGGCGUGGGAGAUCUUCACUCGCGCACGCCACGAGGUGCCCAAGUUCGACGUGGAGCGGCCCAGGGAGAGGGCCUCCUGUUUCCAAAUACCGGAGGGUUGCCCUUCAGAAAUAUUUAGGCAUCUCAUGAAGGAGUGUUGGGCGCUCGACCCGAACAUGCGACCGAAGUUCAUCGAUCUCGUGCACAUGUGCAAGCGUUUUAUGGACGAGUAUAAGUGAGCUGAUAUCAAUCUUAAUUCACGGUAAUAAGACAGGAUUUCCCUCAAAUCCACAUUUAAUAAAACGAGUGAUGUUGAUAUUGAUUACAUUACUUUUAUAGGAUGUU